AUGAUUAAAAUAAUAUUCCAAGUAUCAGAUCCAGUUGAGCAAGGCUCAAAGAAGGCUACACCGACGCCACUCCUGACCCCAGUAGAGAAGACCACUCCAGUGAUGUUUCAUGGUCAUGAUGACAUGCGUGAUCCAGUUGAGCAAGGCUCAAAAGUAAAGCAGGCUACUCCGACGCCACUCCUGACCCCAAUUGAGACGCCAACUCCAGUGAUGUUUCAUGGUCAUGAUGACAUGCUUAGUAGUCAAGAUGACACGCUUAGUGAUGCAGUGAGAAUGGGCAUGGAUUCGUUACGCAACAAUUACACGAUUGUGGCCAAGAAUCUGUUACUCAUCAAUCAAUCAAUCUGAAGUUCGCCAUCAUGGUGGUUUCAGCAAAGAUGUUCUCUCAACCAUGCAGAGGAGAAUUAAUUUCCUUGAAAGGGAGAAUAAGAAAAGUUUAAGAAGAAAACUAUUUGAUGAAAGUGAUAGUAAUCGUAAGAAAUUCAAAUUGAUAUAUAUCAGGUCUGGGGUAGUGAAAAACACUCAUUUUGAAUCAUAGUAGCCAGCUUGGCAAGUGACUUUAAUUUUAUUCCCGCCAAAUCAAUUUUAUAGCAGCCAGAUUUUGACCACUGAUCAAAACAGCGCCACACAAAAAUAAGGAGUGAAGAAUAUGUAGGUAUAAUAAGCAAU